UAAUAUUGAUGACAAUCUUCUUCUUCUUCUUCUUCUUCUUCUCACAUCCAAUCUUCUCUGAUUCUCUCUCGCGCGCGCGAAAUCUCUCUCGAUCUUCGAGACUGAGCCCACAACACAAUCAAUCAUUCUACUUUAUCAUCUCUCUCAUUCAUUCACUGAUUUUCUUCAUCAUAUCUUCUUUUUUCCAUUGAUUUUUCUCCGCAUCUUCUUGUUUCGCAGGGAAAAUUUCUCCGAUCAUGGACGCGGCGGCGGGACCGUGGACUUCUCCGAUCAAAUUCAAAUCCCGAUCCCUUUUCCCUCACAGGAAGUCUUCUCAGGAAAACUUGGAUAGGUUUAUUCCGAAUAGGUCAGCCAUGGACUUCAGUUACGCUCACUACAUGCUCACGGAGGGAAGAAACAACAAGGAGGAGCCGGUGGUCACGUCGCCGUCCAAACAAGCUUACCGGAAAAUGCUCGCCGAGGCUUUCAACAUGAACCGGACGCGAAUCUUGGCCUUCAAGAACAAGCCGCCUGAACUUGUUGAAGCCAUACCCAAGGAUUUCUUCUCCCCUCCUCCUCCUCAAUCCAAAUCUUCCAAGCCCAGACACAUUCCUCAGAGUUCUGAGAGGACACUGGAUGCCCCUGAUAUUGCAGAUGACUUCUACUUGAAUUUGCUUGACUGGGGUAGCAGUAAUGUGCUGUGCAUUGCUCUUGGAAGCACUGUGUAUCUCUGGAAUGCUGCUGAUAGCUCCACUGCAGAACUUGUCACGGUGAAUGAGGAAGAAGGUCCCAUUACUAGUGUUAACUGGGCUCCUGAUGGCCGACAUUUAGCUGUUGGUUUGAACAAUUCCAUUGUCCAGUUGUGGGAUUCUACUACUACUAGACUGCUGAGAGUACUCAGGGGUGGACAUCGAGCAAGAGUAGGAUCACUGGCAUGGAACAAUCACAUCCUGUCCACAGGAGGAAUGGAGGGUAGGGUGGUUAACAAUGAUGUGAGAAUAAGGUCUCACAUUGUUGAAACCUACAGGGGACACAACCAGGAGGUGUGUGGGCUCAAAUGGUCUCCCUCAGGACAACAAUUGGCGAGUGGAGGCAAUGAUAAUCUUGUUCACAUAUGGGACAGGUCAAGGGCCUCUUCCAACACGCCGACCCGCUGGCUACACCGGUUUGAGGAGCAUGUAGCUGCUGUGAAGGCACUGGCCUGGUGUCCAUUUCAGGGAAAUCUUCUAGCUUCUGGUGGAGGAGGGAGUGACCAGUGCAUCAAGUUUUGGAACACACAUACUGGUGCAUGCCUGAACACUGUCAACACUGGCUCUCAGGUGUGUGCCCUUCUUUGGAGCAAGAGUGAGCGAGAGUUGCUUAGCUCGCACGGUUUCACCCAGAACCAGCUCACUCUCUGGAAAUACCCUUCUAUGCUGAAGAUGGCAGAGCUCAAUGGUCAUACCUCCAGGGUGCUGUACAUGGCUCAGAGUCCAGAUGGGUGUACUGUGGCCUCUGCAGCAGCUGAUGAGACUCUUCGAUUCUGGAAUGUCUUUGGAACUCCAGAAGCAAGCAAACCAUCCUCAAAGCCAAACCGCGAGCCUUUUGCUGAUUUCAACCGUAUCCGUUGAAGAUUUGUGGAGUGCUGAAGAUCAUUGGUACAGGGGAUUGAUUCUAGGCUAUAUCUAAAAUCGUUAAUUUUCUUUCAUUUUUUAAUUGGCCCUAUUCUUUACUGACUUUGUAUACACAGUGCGCAAAUUGGUCUGCGCAGUUUAUAGUUUAAACCCUAUUCUUUACAGAAUUGUAUACACUGUGUGCAAAUUGAUUUGCGCAGUUUAUAGUUUAUAUGCAUUAUUGGAUUUUUAAAUCAACAAGUCACCUUAUCUUGUAGAAGGCACUAACUUAGUUCUGAUAUUUGUUUUGUAACAACUCUCUCUUACAUUGUAUUUUCUUUUGUUGUAAUCUCAAGUUCAGCCUAACUCAUGUUAGCCUGGCUUAGCUUCUCCAAUGCAAAAUACUUGUCCUUUGUUA